UGUCAUUGAAUUUUUUUUACAAUCUACGGAGAUUUAAUCGAAAACUUUUAAUACAUUUUUUUACCUAAUAUUAAUGCAAAAAUUUAUUAUUUUUGCCUAAAAAAGGUUCAUGUCUUUCCUCUUAACAUUCAAUUAUGUUAACAAUUAUUUACUCACGCUAAAUUAGACGUAAAACAAAAUCAAAGGUGUGAAAAAACAUAGGGAGCUGUCUGACAACCAACACACAAGAAGAAGAGACACGUCUGUCUGGGGUCAAGAUUUACUGGUCGGAAAAAAAAGAAAAACAGACCAAAACGGCUACUUAAAACACCAAGUUAAUAUUUUGUAAAUAUAAAAAAAGUAUAUUUUUUAUAAAGAAUACAACAUAAACAUGAUGGAAGACGGUCUGACAAAUGAACAAACGGAAAAGGUCUUACAAUUCCAAGAUCUAACAGGCAUUGAAGACAUGAGUGUGUGCCGGGAUGUUUUAAUAAGACAUCAAUGGGACUUAGAGGUGGCCGUACAAGAACAAAUGAAUAUACGUGAAGGAAGACCUUCGUCAUUUGUUGGCUCUAGAGAUGUGCGAGCGCCAGCUGUGAUUAAUGAUCGUUUUCUGCAGCAAGUUUUUUCUGCCGCUAUGCCGGGAGGACGUUCGGCGAGAAGUUCGACACCCGGCCCCAUGCCACGUAGUAUAACAGGCAUAAUAGGUUAUAUAAUCAACAUGGUAUUCCAGUAUUGUUACUCAACAAUAUCAAGCAUUUUGAGUGCUUUCCUAGGAGGAAAUGAGGAAAGAAUUGUUACAGAUCCCUUGGGUGAUGUUAUGAGUUUUAUACGCUCAUACAGUGAACGUUAUCCCGAACAUCCCGUUUUCUAUCAGGGCACAUAUGCACAGGCCUUAAGCGAUGCUAAACAAGAGUUACGUUUCUUGUUGGUCUAUCUACACAAAGAUCCGACAAAAAAUCCCGAUGUCGAUACAUUCUGUAGUCAAACAUUGGCAAAUCGUACCGCAAUCGAUUUUAUAAAUCGUAAUACAUUAUUCUGGGGCUGUGAUGUUUCGUCUCCGGAGGGCUACCGUGUCUCGCAUUCGAUAAAUGCCAGAUCAUAUCCCAUUAUGGUUUUAAUAGCAUUAAGAGCUAAUCGCAUGGUGAUAAUGGGUCGUUUUGAGGGUGAUUGUACUUCAGAUGAAUUGGUAAAUCGUUUACAGACUGUAAUCAAUGCCAAUGAUGUUUGGUUGAGUCAGGCCAGAGCUGAUCGUUUAGAACGUAAUCUAACACAAACUCUGCGCCAGCAACAAGAUGAGGCAUAUCGUCAAAGUUUACGAGCCGAUGAAGAGAAAGAGCGCUUAAGGCAAUUGGAAAGAGAAAAGGAAAGGGAAGCAGAAGAGGCUUUAGAAAGAGAAAGACAAGCAGCAGAAAGGCGUAAAGAGGAAAUUGUUCAAUUAAAACUCGAUAUGGCUGAGCAAGUACCGUCUGAACCACCCGCCGAUGCUCCGAAUGCCAUAAGUGUGGUAUUUAAACUGCCAAAUGGUGCCCGCAUUGAACGUAGAUUCCUGCACUCAAAUUCCUUAAUAGAUGUUUCCAAUUAUUUAUUCUGCCAUCCCUCUUCACCGGAUGAAUUUGAAAUUACAACGAACUUUCCCAAACGUGUUAUAUAUUCCAAAUCAAAUGAUCUUGAAUGUGCUGCCUCAGCAAAUGCUAACAAAACUUUAUCUGAUGUAGGUUUAAAGAAUCGUGAAGUACUUUUUGUCAACGACUUGGAAGCGUAAUAUACAUUGUGUGAUGAUGUAUCAGAAUUAGAAUUUAUUACAAAAAAUUCUUAACGCUUUUCCUGGUUUAGGCAACAACAACAACAAAAACAGCAGCAAAAGAACAGAAUAAAAUUACAACAACAAAAACCAUUUGUUUACCAUUUACAUCUCAUUACGGCAAUAUUGUGUAUUUUUAAGACAUAAUUCCUUUUUAAAAAGUAUAUACAUACAUACAGAAAAAAUGGCGUUGUAACGCAAUCGUGGAUGAAAUUCCUAAUUAUGUUAAUUUUUGAUUUGUAUUUAAUUUUUAUUUUAAUAUUUUUCCAUUUUUUUUUAUUUUAAUUUCUACUUACAAAAAAUGAUUUGUUUAUAAUUUAAACUAAUUUCUAACGUAAUAAGCACAUUGCUGGAAAAUGUAAAAUAAAAAAUAACGAAAAAUGUACUGUUUCUAGUAAUUUAACAAAUUUUAA